UCUGCCCAGCCCGGAGCGGGAGCGGAGCUCGGCCGGGCCGGGCCCGCUGGAGAAGCCCGGGGGGGCCAUGGCCGAGCGGGCCGCUGCCCAGGCUCAGGAAUGGGACAUGGAGUCCCUGCACUUGGCUCCUCUGCAACCCCACAUUGUCCCCAAGCGAACUGCUGUGGGAGAAACCCAGCUGCAAACCGCAGAGAUCUCCCUAUGGACUGUAGUGGCUGCAAUUCAAGCCGUGGAGAGGAAGGUGGAUUCCCAUGCCACACAGUUAUUGAGUCUGGAGGGCAGAACAGGGACAGCUGAGAAGAAAAUAUCUGACACAGAGAAAGGAAUGAUGGAGUUUAGUAACCAACUGGCCAUGCUGGGAUCUCUCAUCCAGGAAUAUGGACUGAUGCAGAGGAGGCUGGAAAAUAUGGAGAACCUGCUGAAGAACAGAAACUUCUGGAUCCUGAGGCUUCCCCCAGGCACUAAGGGAGAAGUCCCGAAGGUGCCAGUGACGUUUGAUGAUGUUUCCGUCUAUUUCUCUGAGAAGGAGUGGGGGAAGUUGGACGAUUGGCAGAAAGACCUUUACAAAAACCUGAUGAAAGGCAACUAUGAAUCAUUGAUCUCACUGGACUAUGCCAUCUCCAAACCUGACCUUCUGUCCAGGAUUGAACGGGGGGAGGAGCCGUGUGGGGGGGCUCAGGAGGACUCUGAGGAGAGCGCGAUCCCGAUGGAGUCUAGCACAGAAUUGCUGAGCCUUACUCAUGACACUGUAUCAUGGGUAAAACAAGAAGACCUGUACAUCAGGGAUCAGUGGGACUCAGAGGAGAGAGAGAUCUCUGCAGAGCCCAGCACAGCAGAUGACAAGGUUGUAGUCAAAGCUGAGGAGGGAAUCCCGGUGAGCCUGGAGCUGUACAGCAUGUUGCCUGGACGACCAGAAGAGACUGUUUUCCAGUACCCUGAGCAGGAACCGAUCUGUGACGAUCAGGGCAACGUCAGCAUCCAGGGAGAAUACCCUGAUGGGAACAGUCUGGGGGACUCGGCUGCAGGCGAGAGAGACUUCAGUAACUUCACCACAAUCAUUGUCCAAGAGGAGAGCCUCCCAGGAGAGGCACCGUACGUCUGUUCUGAAUGUGGGAAAAGCUUCCUCUACGAGCAGCAGUGCGUACUGCACCAGAGGAUCCAUGGCGAAGCACACACACACCCCGAGCACAGGGAGAACUUCAAGCAAAACCACAGUCUCAAAUCCUGCCCACAGAUCCAGCGAGGGGAGAGACUCUAUAACUGCCCUGAGUGUGAGCGGAGCUUCUCUCACAAGUCGAGCCUCAGCAAACAUCAGCUCUCCCACACGGGGGACCGGCCAUACACCUGUGCUGAGUGCAAGAAGAGCUUCCAGCUGAAGAUUAACCUCAUGAUACACCAGAGGAGUCAUGCGGGGAAGAGCAGGGGCUUGUAUAUCUGCAACGAAUGUGGGAGGGGCUUUAACCACCAUUCGAACUUCAUUAGGCACCAGAUGAUCCACACUGGGGAGAGACCCUAUGGCUGCACCGAGUGUGGGAAAACCUUCAUGCGGAAGGAGCAUCUCCUCACCCACCGGCGCCUGCAUACGGGAGAGCGGCCCUACCAGUGCACCGAGUGCCGGAAGAGCUUCACCCGCAAGCAGCACCUGGUGGGACACCAACGCAUCCACACUGGGGAGAAACCCUAUAAGUGCACAGAGUGUGAGAGCAGCUUCAGCCACAAGUCAAGCCUCAGCAAACACCAGAUCACACACGUGGGGGAGCGGCCAUACACGUGCAGUGAGUGCAGGAAGAGCUUCCGGCUGCAGAUCAGCCUGAUAAUGCACCAGAGGAUCCACACUGGGAAGAGCGAGAUGUCCUUCAUAUGCCCUCAGUGUGGGAAAAACUUUAGUCGCCCCUCUCAUCUCCUCAGGCACCAGAGGACUCACACGGGGGAGCGGCCCUAUAAAUGCACCCAGUGCGAGAAAACCUUCAGUGAGAAGUCUAAGCUCACCAACCACUACCGCAUCCACACGCGGGAGCGGCCGCAUGCCUGCGCUGAGUGCGGCAAAGGCUUUAUCCGCAAGCACCACCUGCUGGAGCACCAGCGCAUCCACACUGGGGAGCGACCCUACCACUGCACCGAGUGCGGCAAGAACUUCACUCAGAAGCACCACCUGCUGGAGCACCAGCGGGCUCACACCGGCGAGAGGCCCUACCCCUGCACUGAGUGCACGAAGUGCUUCCGAUAUAAACAGUCCCUUAAGUACCACUUGAGGACGCACACGGGGGAGUAGGAGCCAAUGGGAGCUGCAUCUCCCCGGGCCAUUUGAGUCAGGAGUCUUUGUGGAAGGAAGCAGUGGUGCAACAGUGUGUAGGGACUGAUAUUUUGGUGUAAAACAAAGCAAGUAACAUGCAGCAAAAUUUAAAAGACCAGAAAAAGCUAAUUUAGGGUAAAUAUUCAUCAUAAUGUACAGGAUAUUUUGCUGAAGUAGGACUAACUGCUUUUUAAAUCUAUUCCUUUUGAUAAUAAAUGUGAAGUAACUUUUAUUUGAUAAGCAAAUUUAAGAUUUCAGUUUUUUUAAAUAUAUAAUAUCACACUGUACAUCGUUCCUUUUAAUCUGGAAAAUCCCGGAGUGGUUUACAUGCCUUCUAGAGGGAUUGUGUCACCUGCUGCUGAGAUGCAGCUGCCCCAGGGUGGAACAUGGCAUCUCUUUAACAGUGCACAGCAAUGGUAUAUGCGCCAGUCCCGGUUGAGGUUAUUCGUAUAUCCACACAGAAACUACAAAAAGAAUUUUGUAUGGAUUAUUUAGAUGUAAAAUGAUAAAGGAUGGCUUGCCCUAACACAGUCAUUAAUUAUACAAUACAGUAGAAUCCCAGUCACAUUAAAAUAGUCAUGCCAUCUGGAAGCCAGCCAGCCACCUCUUUACCCUUCUGGGAAGGGAGACAGUGUAAAGUGUAAAUUUGUCUAGCUGACUGAUGUAAACAUCCUGCUCUUGUGAUGAAAAGGAUCUACUCAGUUAUCCAGUCUGUCUCCCUGCCAACACAUGAUGAUCCCAAGUGUGUUGGUCAUUCUAAUUUCGAAUGACCCAAGUGGUAAAGUUUCCACAGCAUCCCUUGGCCAGCUGUUCUCAGCUGCCCCAUCUCAGCCUUAGAAAGUUUGCGGAUAUACGCUAACUCUCUAAUGGGCUUUAUGGUCAGGGCUGUGGUGUUCUAUUUCAUCUGAAAGAGCACUGCCCUGGGGCACUGGCUCAGUGCAUGUUCAUUCAGUAAGGUCUGGGAGGGGAGGGCAGGGCUGGGAGAACCUUGGUGAGUAUGUGGAUCCUUGGAGGAGUCCUCCUAGCCCUACUUUCACCACAGUGUUCAGACUGAUGUGAAGCCAGGUGCUGGUUUCCCUGUGCAGUGUCCCUGUCUAGUGUGUCCUGCUGUGAAUGGGAAAAAUCAGCAGCAGCACGGGUGGGGUGGCUGUGUCUCAGAUGCUCAUCUGUGUGUGUUUUGGGGUAGAAGAGAUGGCUCUGAAUCUCCUGCAGCCCAGGGACAGGGUGGAAAUAGAAAUAAAGCCUUUGGUUGGGUUUAGGAAACAGCCCUUGCUAGAUCCGGUUGUGCCCAGGUCAGUAGGUGUUUCCCAGGGAUCCACUGAAUGGUGAAUAUUCAGGUAUUGAAUUUCAUUUUAUUGUCACACUGGAGUCAGUGCAGAGUGAGGGACCAAUAGAUCCUCAUCCUGGGCUAUAAACAAUCCAGUUUUGUGCUACUGGAUUACUCGUUCCUCCCAGUGCCUUUCUGAAAUUCUUACAGCUCCGUGAUUAUUCCAGUUCUGUCGUUUCAUGGUUCUUGCAGUUCCCAUGAUUAGUGGCAUCAAGUUUAAUUUUAUUGGCUUUGUCACAGAUUAAAUCUAGAGAAAUUUGGGCGAAAAAGUUGUAUUAGUACAGUCAGCUCCUGGGUGUCAAUGCAGAAUGCUCGCCUGUUGGAUGAAAUUCUGCCCUGUGCAGAUGGCCAGCAAUUGGGUGAGUUAAAUAGGAUUUUAAUGCUGCCAGCGCCUUAUUCUGGCCUGACUAUAGAUAAAGUGCACCAGUUUGGACAAUAUCUCCAAUAAACCAUGGCGUUUGUUUAUUUUUUUAAGCUGUUAACAUGUUUUUCAGACUAAAUUGUGUGCUGUCUACAAAUAAGCAUCUCAUUAGAGGUAUCAGAGUAUGAUCUGUUUAUAUAAAGUGUAAUGUAUUAGCUAGCUGUGCACUGGCCCUAUCUUAAGCACUUAUGUGGCCCCAAUUAUCAUAGUGUCUAAGUACUUUGCAACCUGUAAUGUGUUUAUCCCCUCACAUGCUGUAAGGAAUUGAACUCAGGUCCUAGACAUGCGAAGCAACAGCCUAAUCACUGGACUACCCUUGCUUAGAGGGCCCUUACAACCUGAUUUUGCAAUAGAGCAUUUCAUUGGAAAUUGCAGUCGUACCUCCCUCCACUAAAUUAUAAUACCACAUAUUUCCUCUGACCGUUUUAAUUGCAUGGCUGUAAUGCUUGGAAUUCUCUUCUUCCAGAUAAAAUACAAGCAUUCUGGCUCAAGAGAAUUUAAAAAGUAACAAGAUAUGCUACAAAGAUAGUGGGAACCAGUAUAAACCCAGUCAGUGAUAUGGUGGUCAAGGACUGUCUCAGCAUUUGAACUAUGGCCUCACUGCUGGUGUCCAUAUUAUUUGGAGACUGGCCUGUUCUGUGAGCUCUUCCCCUGUGCAGGUGGUACUGCUCACGCCCAGAGCUGGGGAAGAAUUUUCUCUGGGUUUUGCUUUAAAUGGCUACAGGCUGGUUUCCAGGCUGCACUCUGUCUCUUCAGCAUAGCUGCUGUGCCCAUUGCCUAGUGAGGAGAAACUGGGACUGCCCAGCCUAGCAUGGGAGAGGGAGAGUUGAGGAAACACUAAUGUCCACCCCUAUGCAGAGAUGAGGGGGUGAGAUCUGGAGUCCUCUGGCCCCAGUGAAUUCCUUCUGCAUCUGGGCUUGGGAAGGUGGAUCAUGGCUGAACGUGGGCUCCUGCUCAGGUGAGCCAUUUAAUCUAGGAUCUGAAAAUAUAAAGCUGUAUUGCCUCAGCUGAGAGACUCAGGGCUAUUGGCUCAAAGGCUGUAGCAAACUCAGACUUGUGUGUUGUCCAGCUAGUAGAAAGGGACAGCGCUGGCCUGUGAGCAUUGGCUGCACGUGCAACACAACUCCACUCUCAGGUGGGGAAAGACAAUUGUGUUGUACAUUCCAGACUGCAUAUGUAUUAUUUUUAUUGUCACGCUUGGAAGGAGGUUUCCUUUUCCCAGACUGGUAAUCCUUUGAAUCAGGCCAGCCAACCCAAACCUUAGGGGCUGUCAUUGUUUCACUCUCUGUAUUUAAGUUUAAUUUAAACCCAUAGCAUCAAGUUCUGCUCUCAUUUUCGUACAGGCACUGAAUGCAGCCGUUAGAAGAAUUUGGCUCUAUUUUCUCAAUAUGUCUUUAAAUUAAAGUUCCUUUCUAAAUGUUAAA